AUGGUCGCGCAGAUGGUCUCCCCACUCCUUCCAACCUUCGUUGUCCGGGUCAUUUCCCCGACAAUUGUGCUCUUUUCUGCCCUAUCUCUGCUCUUUACACAUCAACAAUCUCCACAUUCGCCUUCUCCAAUCACGCCUGUGGUUGUUGCGACUGCGAUACCACGACGUGCUGUCAUACUAACUUUUCUUUCUGCCGUCGCAUUCACCUAUCUUCUGGAUGGGUUAGCGUUUGUUGUUUUCGCUGUUUUGGAUCACAGCUGGCCGCGCCACUCGGGAAUUCCAGUUAACACAAUAACCGGUCUUGUGGCAUUUUCUGGCCUAGCUGCUCUAGGGGCUUGGAAGGACAUACAAGGCGUCGAAGUAUGGUCAUUCAGGAGGCUCAAAGUAUCAAUGUUUCUCGCACUGUCACUUGAUACAAGCUUGGCCAUUUUCCUAGCUCUUGAUGUCCGACGUGGGACUCCAGAACCAACAAUUCCAAUUCGAGCCCUUGUUCAUGUCGUUUCCCCUGCGUUGCGUGUUCUAUGCCUUUUGCCUUUACUUGGCGCACUGCUAUCGCCUCGUGUUGUCUAUAAUUCGGUGCAGUCCUAUGACGACAUCGAAGAACCGCAAGCGACGGAUUCUACCUUUCUACUUCCCCCUGGAGCCAUUCCUCCGUCGUCAGCAGGUUUAUCUGCCAUCCCCUCUCCUGGGGAGAGCAGCAAGUAUGGUACCUUUCGCUCUACGCGAUCCAAUUUGCAAGCGUCAGCACCGGUGACCCGCGCCGCAACGCCGGCGCCGUCCACAGGGCCUGACUUGAAGUCGGAUAAGAAACCUGAAAUAUCGUUCGAACCUUCCUGGUCAGAAAUUCUGCGCCGCAUCCGCAGAUUAGUGCCCUACUUGUGGCCAAAGAACAUUCGGUAUCUCCAGUUCCUCGCCUUUGUGUGCAUCAUCAUUCUCCUCAUUGGACGUGUUGUAAAUAUUGCGAUGCCAAUCACCUUGGGCGCCCUCGUCAAGAUCUUGGAAGGUGGAUCUGAAGAUUCUCCUUGGCCAUUCCUAUUUGGAUAUGUUGGCUUGCGCUUCCUCCAAGGAAGUGGAGGAUUAUCCGCUGUUCGAGAUGCACUGUGGGCCCCCGUUAUGCAAUACUCAGAUCGAGAAAUGUCACAACUCUCUUUCGAUCACCUCCUCAACCUUUCAUUUGCAUGGCAUACUCGCCGUAAAACUGGAGAGAUUUUACGGGUUCUGGAUCGUGGCGCCGCGAUCAACCAUACUUUUGAGUUAAUCUUGUUUAGCAUUAUUCCCACCUUCGUGGAUAUCUUCAUCGCCUUGAUAUUUUUCUCCGUCGUCUUCAAGUGGACUCUUGCCUUGGUUAUCUUCUUUGUGAUGUUUGCAUAUAUUGCUGCUAGCGUCAUUCUCACCCAAUGGCGGACUCGUCUGAGACGCCAGAUGAACGAUCGUGAUAUUGUUACACGAGGCAUUCAUACGGACUGCCUUCUGAACUACGAAACCGUCAAAUAUUUUGGCGGUGAGGAGCACGAGGGCGAACGGUAUGCUGAAGCCAUCCGUGAAUACCAGGCGCUGGAGUACAAGGUUAUAAUCUCCCUGAAUAUCCUGAAUUUGGUCCAAAAUUUCAUCAUCACAUCCGGGCUUUUGAUCGGCUCUCUGAUGGUCGCAUAUGAGAUCACUUCCGGCGAGAAGCCUGAAGCCCACAAAUUUAUUGUCUUUAUCACCUACUUGGCCCAGCUCUAUGGGCCACUUAACCAGCUUGGCUAUAUCUAUCGAUCGGUCAACCAAUCCCUAGUUGAUACCGAGAAGUUGUUGGCCCUCUUGAACGAACCUACAGAAGUGAACGAUAAGGAGAAUGCUCCUGAUUUAGUCGUGAACUCUGGGGAGAUUACAUUUGAGGAUGUCAACUUCUCCUAUGACGGACGAACAUCGGCGCUGAAUGGUGUUUCGUUUAAGGUUCCGAAGGGCUCGUCCGUAGCUCUUGUUGGCGAGUCUGGUGCGGGGAAGUCUACGAUUCUUAGGCUUCUCUAUCGAUUUUAUGAUUUGGGUGAGGGUCAAGGAAGGAUUCUCAUCGAUGGGCAAGACAUAAGAGAUGUGACUCAGAAGAGUUUGCGUCAAGCCGUUGGUGUCGUUCCUCAAGACUCGGUUCUUUUCAACUCUAGCAUUGGAUACAAUAUCGGAUAUGGCAAACUCGGCUCUACCCCCGACGAAAUUGAGGCUGCUGCAAAGUCAGCGCAGAUGCAUGACAGGAUCAUGAGUUUCCCAGAUGGAUACGACACCAAAGUUGGCGAGCGUGGUGUCAGACUGAGCGGCGGAGAGAAACAGCGUGUCGCGAUUGCUAGAACUCUCUUGAAGAAUCCGCCCAUUUUGUUGUUGGAUGAAGCAACGAGUGCAUUAGACACCUCGACGGAGAAAGACAUCCAGAAAGCUUUGCAAAAUCUGGUUAAAGGCCGUUCGUCGCUAUCCAUCGCGCAUAGGUUAUCUACAAUUGCUUCAGCCGAUCUGAUCCUGGUUCUUAGGGAAGGCCAAAUUAUUGAACAGGGGAGUUUCAAGGAAUUGCUCGCAAUCGAAGAUGGCGUCUUCGCGUCCAUGUGGGCGGACCAAGUUUCCUCAAAUGACGACGCAGCUCUAUCUCUGAAUGGAAGCAGUAUCAAGAAGGAAGCGUCGGGAUACAAUGUUGACACUGCCGAUCAUAUUUCGCUUGCCCCCACACAGCCAGAUUUGGACAGCAACCAGCCUUCCGACUUCGUCACCGCGGAAUUGCCCAACGAAGAGGACGAGGGCGCUACGGCAGACUUGAAUGCCACAUCUAUCGAGGACCAUCACUCGGAUGUUGGUCCUCCCUCUCAAGCUCAGGAUGUUGGCACCCCGGCUCAACCGGAAAUGCUUGUUGCGCCAACACUUGUUGCUCCCACUGCCUCUUCCCCGAUAGCGUUCCCGACAUCCAGUGAGGAUCAACGCGAGAGUGAUCAACCUGAAGUUCCUCCGGUGUCCUCUCCGCCCUCAGUUCAUCCCCCUGCCGUAACGUUUGGUCCAAGCGUUAAUUCACCUCCAUCUCGAACUGGCACUCCUGAUCCAGAAAGCGAGCCCAAGCGUAAACGUAUCUCGUCUCAGAACUUCCAGCGUCUGGCGAGGCGAAUUUCUUUGACCACCCGGCGUCAGAGCUCGUCGUCCUCUAUAAUUCCUGGCUUCAAGCGUGAUCAGUCGCCAAGAGUUUCGACAGACGAUGCAAAUGUUCGGGCUGAAGGAAGCAGUCCAAGGAUCUCCACCGACAGCCCAGCCGGAAGUCUGAAAGGGGACGAUAAGGGCAAACUCAAGAAGAAGGACAAGAAGGAUAAGAAUAGGAAAGGUUCUAUGUAA